GCGUUUUGAAAGGCCGGGCGCACGCAGAGGCUCCCGCAGCCGGCCUCCCGCUCCACGGUGCGGGGCUGGGUCGAGGGCCCACGAGUGGGUCUGGGUGGCUGAGAGCGCAGGGUCCCCCGACCGGGUCACCGGCAAGGACGCGGCGCUGACCGGCGCCCUGAAGCCGCCGCCGUGCGGCGGACCGACUGCAGCCAGGGCGCCGCCCGCAGUUGCCGGCGCCGCGGAUAGCUUCCGGGGCUUCCUGGAGGGAGCAAGGACUUUGCUGCGCCGUGUCACAGACGGAGCCCGGAGCACGCGGAGAGGGAAGGGAGGAGACGCGAGUUGCUCCCACAGGCGCCGGGUCCCGAGCCGCCGAGCCCCCGGGGGCGCGGCCUGCGCAUGCGCACCCCCUGCCUUCCUGCCCGCGCACGCUCGGUCCGGCCGCCCGCCGGGUCAUGGAGACCUCGGGAGGCGCUGGGGGCGCCUUCCUGAAAGAUAUUGUGGCCUAUGUUGAAGUAUGGUCUUCCAACGGGACAGAGAAUUACUCAAAGACAUUUACAAAACAACUUGAGGAUAUGGGGGCAACGGUUUCAAAAACUUUGAACAAGCAAGUGACCCAUGUGAUCUUCAAAGAUGGGUAUCAAAGCACCUGGGACAAAGCCCGGAAGACAGGGGCGAAGCUGGUUUCCGUCCUCUGGGUUGAAAAAUGCAGGAUGACUGGAGCACAUGUUGAUGAAUCUUUGUUCCCUGCAGUGAAUACUAAUGAAGAAUUACCAAGCCUAAUUAGAAAAAAACACAAGUGUAUGCAGCCCAAAGAUUUUAUUCCAAAAACACCAGAAAAUGACAAAAGACUUCAAAAGAAGUUCGAGAAAAUGGCUGAAGAGCUACAAAAACAGAAGACAACCCUAGAUGAUGGUGUUCCUGUCCUGCUGUUUGAGUCUCCUCGCUCACUGGUGUACAGCUCCACGACUCCCAUUAAGAGUCACAAGACCACCAUGGAGAACAGACUACAAGAGAUGAGGGAGAAAAGGGAAAACCUUUCCCCUACCUUUUCCCAGAUGCUUGAACAGUCUCAGCAGAACCCAAAUGUCUCUCUGUGUGAAGCAUCUUUGAACAUUGCUCAUGAAUCUUUACGUUCAGAUGAAUCCUUUGCCAGUUGUCCUCGCUCAUCUUUUGAUGGCCUCUGUGGAAAUCAGGAAAGGAAACUGGGAAGAUCUGUUAAUGAGAUGGCCAGGAUGGCAUGCUCUUCUUCACCUGUGUUGAAGACAAGCAGUUCUUACAGUUCAUUGUCACCCAACCAUCUCAGUCAGCCAAGUCCUCAGAAAGCUAAGGACCAUCCUCCAGAGGAGGGCAUCAGCUGGCAGAAAGAUGCUUCAGGUGAGAAAGCUGAGCUGGAGAGAGAGCAAGCUGCAAGCGUGUCUCAGGGGAUGCUCUGUCUGUCCCCUGCCACCGCAGGGAACAUAGAUGCCAUAGAUGAACCCAAGAGUUGCUCAGCCAAGAGAAAAAGGCCAAUGGACUUGGGUUCACCUCCAAAAGGAAAACUCAAGAAGAAGAGGUAUAAUAGGAAAUCUGCCCUGCCGAUACAGCUGUUCAAGUCUGACCGUAGCCCCAUCUUGAGGACUCCUGAUGUUGGGGCUUCCUCUUAUGAGGACUACUUUUCCCCUGAUAAUCUCAAAGAAAGGUAUUCAGAGGCUCUUCCUCCUGAGGCUCAACCAUUAUCAAGCCCUUCUCUGUUCCACUGCAGAAGUCUCUCAAAGUGGGAGCGAAGCAGCAUACUGGAAAUGUGUGAUUUUACCUUCAUUGGUGACAAACCCAGAUCCAUCAGCUUUACUGACUCAGUUUCAAGAAGUACUUCUAGUCUUGAGAAACCCGGCAAGGAGGAAGUGAGUACAGUUUCUAGGUGCAUUGUUGUGGAAACAUCUGCUAAAGGAAGCCCAGAGCUUUGCAGGCAGCCUGGCCCUCAGCUGAGGGAGGACGCAGCCCCACAGGGAAGCACUCUUGCUAACACACCCAGCAGCCCUGCUCAUCGCAUCAUGCCCUUGAAAGGGGAUAGUAAGGAAGAAAGAGACCACGUUGAUGUAAAAGGCUCCCCAGAAGACAGUACCACUCCUCCAGCGUCGGCCUCUUCUGAAGGAGAAGCACACAGCUUUAAUUUUGGAAGGGAUUGCAAUGUAGAAAAAUCUAUAGAAGAAAAGAACAAGUCUACAGGAUACAGUGAAAGUAUUAAAAAUGGACCAGUGAAACCUGAGUCUUCAGACGGCUCUUGUACAGACCUUGUCAGACCUCAAGAGAAACCAAAGAAAUGUGGGAAAGAAAAAAAGACAGUGAGAACAUUAGUCAUGACAAGCAUGCCAUCUGAGAAACAGAGCCUCAUCAUCCAGGUGGUAAACACACUGAAAGGCUUUUCAUUCGCACCCGAGGUCUGCGAGUCCACCUCCCACGUGCUGGUGGGGAAGUCUGUCCGCACCCUCAACGUGCUGAUGGGGAUCGCUCGAGGCUGCUGGAUUCUGUCUUACGAAUGGGUGCUGUGGUCCUUAGAAUUGGGUCACUGGAUUUCUGAGGAGCCUUUUGAACUCUCUGAGUCCUUCCCUGCUGCUCCGGUCUGCAGACUUGAACGCCAGUUAUCUACCCGGAGGUACCAAGGAACCCUCUUUGCUAAUCAGCCGAAGAUGUUCAUUGCACCAGCCAGCAGCCCCCCAAGAGCCAAGCUGUGUGAACUGGUCCUCCUGUGUGGUGGCCAAGUCAGCCCAUCCCCUCAGCAAGCCAGCCUCAUCAUUGGUCCCUACUGUGGCAAGAAGGAAGCAAGGAUCCAGUACCUGUCAGAGAAAUGGGUCUUAGAUUCCAUUACCCAACACAAAGUCUGUGACUUUAACAACUACCAGUUGCUACAAUGAGAGACAUCUCUGACUGCUGUCCUCAACCUGCAAGAAAACCAGCCAUGGAGAGAAGGAGCCGUCAUACAACUUAAGGCCUGAUGUCACACAUUACCUCAUGUGCUGUGGUUUCUAGCUUCAGAGUGUGUGUGUGUGUGUGUGUGUGUGUGUGUGUGUGUGUGUGUGUGUGUGUGUGUGUGUGAUACUAGAGAUUAAAUCCAGGACUUGCUAAGCAAGCACUCUACUAGUGAGCUACAUCUCCAGCUUUUAUCUUCAGAACUCUUUUGAGUAACUUAUUCAUGACUCAUAUUGUAGUUCAGAGAAGUCUUGGUCGGCAUUAGUUGGGCUCGGUGUACAAUACUAAUAAUGACCAUGAUGAAAAGGUCACAGAACCUUUGUCUUCAAGAUACUUUACUCCCAAUAAUAGAAUGGAAAUUUAUUCAAAUCAUUUUAGUCCUAAACAAUCAAGCAACCUCUUAACUUUCUUGGCUUGGGCACUGAGAUCUUUAUUAGUGUACUGUGUCAAGAUAGGAAGGAUAACCAUGCGUUAUUAUUAUAACACGGUUCUGAGAUGCUUCUCAGAGCAGUUAAGGAUGAUGGGUCUGAAAGUUUUGUGCAAUGACUAUGUCUGCCUUCUGAAUGGCUACCCCAAGGUUCCCUACAGAAAGUCAGCUGCUGGGGCUGAAUUAUGUCAGGGGUGUCCAACCCAUUGCCUAUGUGUCAUAUUUGUCCAUGGAUAACUGUGAAUGCAGCUAAUAUAAAAUUAUAAACUUACUCAAAAGUA